UGAUCAAAACAUGGUGGAUGUCAUGCAGAUUGUCUCAGUCUCAGUAUUAUUUGUCUUGUGUAUUUUUAGAUUCAUGAAACGGAGGAAAAAUGAGGUCAUAGUAUUUACUAGGUACCCAGUCGCUGGUAAGGCUAAGACUCGACUGAUACCAGCACUUGGUUCUGCUGGGGCAGCCAGGUUGCAAGUUUGUAUGACUGAACAUGUGCUUCAGACGCUUCAGAAAGUGUAUAACAGUUUGAACAAGGCUGUUAAUGUAACCCUACAGUAUAAUGGUGGCACACAGGCUCAGAUGCAUGACUGGCUUGACAGGAAGUUAUGGGGUCUUCCUUGUGUUUACAGACCACAGACUGGCAACUCACUUGGAGAGAAACUAAAAUUUGCUGUGAAAGAUAGUUUCAGCAGGGGCAAUGAACGUGUUGUUGUUAUAGGUGCAGACAUACCAGGCAUUACUGAGACCGUUGUUGUUAAAGCAUUUGAGGCUUUGUCUAAACCAAGGACUGAUAUGGUGAUUGGGAAGGCAGAAGAUGGAGGAUAUUACCUUAUAGGGUUCAAUAAAAAUGCUAAAAGAUAUAUUGAUGAUGUUUUUGAAGAUAUAGAAUGGGGCACAGACAAAGUAUUUCUACAACAGAUAAAUAAAGCAGAAACUCUACAGGCAUCUGUUUCAAUACUGCCAGUUAUUUUACAAGAUGUGGAUACAGAAGAAGAUAUUGCAGUAUUUGAAAGAGAAGUUGGUAUUUCCAGGGAUGAAUUAUGCGAUACAACAUGGAGUAUUAUUGUACCCACACUUAACGAGGAGAAAAAUAUUACAAAAAUGUUAAAUAAUGUUAUACAGUCUUGCAGUAACUUGAAAAAUGUAAGGGAGAUAAUAAUCUGUGAUGGGGGCAGCUGUGAUAAAAGUGAAGAUGUUGUAAAGGAGUUCAGUAAAACAUCGCCUGUGAUAGUAAGAAUGAUUCAGUCGAAACCUGGGAGAGGAAAUCAGUUAAUCACUGGUGUUACAGCAGCAUCGGGAACUAAUUAUUUAUUUCUGCAUGCUGAUACAAAAUUACCAAAGAACUUUGAUGUUCUUGCCAUUGAAUGUCUGGAGACCCCAGGUGUUGUUGCAGGGGCUUUCCCAUUUCAACUAGAUGUCUUAGAAGAUAGUGAUUUAAAAAGAUCCGAGCCAUGGUGGUUUAUAUUACAGAUGAAGGGAUUAGUAUGGGGGGCAAAUUUACGAGCCUCAAAAUAUGAGAAGCCGUAUGGUGAUCAAGCAUUGUUUAUGAAAAAGAGAACAUACAAAACAGCUGGCGGAUUUCCUCCGUAUUUCCUUAUGGAAGACUACAUACUGAUUGAAAAGUUAAAAACACUUGGACAUAUUGGUAUCGUCAAAGGAUCUCCUAUUGUUACAUCAUAUAGAAGAUGGAGAAAAUGGGGCUACUUCAAGGUGACAGGUCUGAGCCAGCUGAUUAUAAUAGCAUACAAACUAGGAGUCCAUCCUAACACAUUAGCAAAAUGGUAUUACGGGGAUAAAAUAAAAAUGGACUAAAUAUAUUAAAAAAUUUUACAAGGACUGCAAGCUUUAUAUACAGUUUUUAGCUCACCUGUCACAAAGUGACAAGGUGAGCUUUUGUGAUAGCGCAGCGUCCGUAGUCCGUCCGUCAGUCCGUCCGUCCGUGCGUGCGUAAACUUUUGCUUGUGACCACUCUAGAGGUCACAUUUUUCAUGGGAUCUUUAUGAAAAUUGGUCAUAAUGUUCCCCUUGAUGAUAUCUAGGUCAAGUUCGAAACUGGGUCACGUGCGGUCAAAAACUAGGUCAGUAGGUCUAAAAAUAGAAAAACCUUGUGACCUCUCUAGAGGCCAUAUAUUUCACAAGAUCUUCAUGAAAAUUGGUCAGAAUGUUCACCUUGAUGAUAUCUAGGUCAAGUUCGAAACUGGGUCACGUGACAUCAAAAACUAGGUCAGUAGGUCAAAUAAUAGAAAAACCUUGUGACCUCUCUAAAGGCCAUAUUUUUCAUGGGAUCUGUAUGAAAGUUAGUCUGAAUGUUAAUCUUGAUGAUAUCUAGGUCAAGUUCGAAACUGGGUCACGUGCGGUCAAAAACUAGGUCAGUAGAUCUAAAAAUAGAAAAACCUUGUGACCUCUCUAGAGGCCAUACUUGUGAAUGGAUCUUCAUAAAAAUAAGUCAGAAUGUUCACCUUGAUGAUAUCUAGGUCAGGUUCGAAACUUGGUCACGUGCGAUCAAAAAACUAGGUCAGUAGGUCUUAAAAUAGAAAAACCUUGUGACCUCUCUAGAGGCUAUAUAUUUCAUGAGAUCUUCAUGAAAAUUGGUCAGAAUGUUCAUCUUGAUGAUAUGUAGGUCAAGUUCGAAAGUGGGUCACGUGCCUUCAAAAACUAGGUCAGUAGGUCAAAUAAUAUAAAAACCUUGUGACCUCUCUAGAGGCCAUAUUUUUCAUGGGAUCUGUAUGAAAGUUGGUCUGAAUGUUCAUCUUGAUGAUAUCUAGGUCAAGUUCGAAAAAGGGUCAUGUGCUGUCUAAAACUAGGUCAGUAGGUCUAAAAAUAGAAAAACCUUGUGACCUCUCUAGAGGCCAUUCUUUUGAAUGGAUCUCCAUAAAAAUUGGUCAGAAUGUUCAUCUUGAUGAUAUCUAGGUCAAGUUCGAAAGUGGGUCAUGUGCCAUCAAAAAGUAGGUCAGUAGGUCAAAUAGUGAAAAAAUGUUGUGACCUUUCUAGAGGCCAUAUUUUUCAUGGGAUCUGUAUGAAAGUUGGUCUGAAUGUUUAUCUUGAUGAUAUAUAGGUCAAGUUUGAAACUGGGUCAACUGCGAUCAAAAACUAGGUCAGUAGGUCUUAAAAUAGAAAAACCUUGUGACCUCUCUAGAGGCCAUACCCUUGAAUGGAUCUUCAUGAAAAUUGGUCAGAAUGUUCAUCUUAAUGAUAUCUAGGUCAGGUUCGAAACUGGGUCACGUGCGAUCAAAAACUAGGUCAGUAGGUCUAAAAAUAGAAAAACCUUGUGACCUCUCUAGAGGCCAUAUUUUUCAUGGGAUCUGUAUGAAACUUGGUCUGAAUGUUCAUCUUGAUGAUAUCUAGGUCAAGUUCGAAACAGGGUCAUGUGCUGUCUAAAACUAGGUCAGUAGGUCUAAAAAUAGAAAAACCUUGUGACCUCUCUAGAGGCCAUACUUGUGAAUGGAUCUCCAUAAAAAUUGGUCAGAAUGUUCAUCUUGAUGAUAUCUAGGUCAAGUUCGAAAGUGGGUCAUGUGCCAUCAAAAAGUAGGUCAGUAGGUCAAAUAAUGAAAAAAUGUUGUGACCUCUCUAGAGGCCAUAUUUUUCAUGGGAUCUGUAUGAAAGUUGGUCUGAAUGUUUAUCUUGAUGAUAUAUAGGUCAAGUUUGAAACUGGGUCAACUGCGAUCAAAAACUAGGUCAGUAGGUCUUAAAAUAGACAAACCUUGUGACCUCUCUAGAGGCCAUACCCUUGAAUGGAUCUUCAUGAAAAUUGGUCAGAAUGUUCACCUUGAUAUCUAGGUCAAGUUUGAAACUGGGUCACGUGCUUUAAAAAACUAGGUCAGUAGAUCAAAUAAUAAAAAAGCCUUGUGACCUCUUUAGAGGCCAUACUUUUCAUGGGAUCUGUAUGAAAGUUGGUCUGAAUGUUCAUCUUGAUGAUAUCUAGGUCAGGUUAGAAAAUGGGUCAACUGGGGUCAAAAACUAGGUCAGUAGGUCUAAAAUUAGAAAAAUCUUUUGACCUCUCUAGAGGCCAUAUUUUUCAAUGGAUCUUCAUGAAAAUUGAUCUGAAUGUUCACCUUGAUGAUAUCUAGGUCAGUUUCGAAACUGGGUCACGUGCAGUCAAAAACUAGGCCAGUAGGUAUAAAAAUAGAAAAACCUUGUGACCUCUCUAGAGGCCAUAUUUUUCAUGAGAUCUUCAUGAAAAUUAGUGAGAAUGUUCACCUUGAUGAUAUCUAGGUAAAGUUCAAAACAGGGUCACGUACCUUCGAAAACUAGGUCAAUAGGUCAAAUAAUAGAAACACCUUGUGACCUCUCUAGAGACCAUAUUUUUCAAUGGAUCUUCUUGAAAAUUGGUCAGAAUUUUUAUCUUGAUAAUAUCUAGGUCAAGUUCAAAACUGGGUCACAUGAGCUCAAAAACUAGGUCACUAUGUCAAAUAAUAGAAAAAACGACGUUAUACUCAAAACUGGAUCAUGUGGGAAGAGGUGAGCGAUUCAGGACCAUCAUGGUCCUCUUGUAUUAUUAUGUUAUACAUAUAUAGAGAGGCAAUUGUCAUUUUUAGCUCACCUGUCACAAAGUGACAAGGUGAGCUUUUGUGAUCGCGCGGUGUCCGAUGUCCUUGUGUGCGUCCGUCCGUAAACUUUUGCUUGUGACCACUCUAGAGGUCACUUUUUUCAUGGGAUCUUCAUGAAAAUUGGUCAGAAUGUUCACCUUGAUGAUAUCUAGGUCAAGUUCGAAACUGGGUCACGUGUUAUCAAAAACUAGGUCAGUAGGUCUAAAAAUAGAAAAACCUUGUGACCUCUCUAGAGGCCAUAUAUUUCACAAGAUCUUCAUGAAAAUUGGUCAGAACGUUCACCUUGAUGAUAUCUAGGUCAAGUUCGACACUGGGUCACCUACCUGUGGUCAAAAACUAGGUCAGUAGGUCAAAUAAUGGAAAAACCUUGUGACCUCUCUAAAGGCCACAUUUUUCAUGGGAUCUGUAUGAAAGUUGGUCUGAAUGUUCAUCUUGAUGAUAUCUAGGUCAAGUUCGAAACUGGGUCAUGUGCGGUCAAAAACUAGGUCAGUAGGUCUAAAAAUAGAAAAACCUUGUGACCUUAGAGGCCAUAUAUUUCAUGAGAUCUUCAUGAAAAUUGGUCAGAAUGUUCACCUUGAUGAUAUCUAGGUCAAGUUCGAAAGUGGGUCACGUGCCUUCAAAAACUAGGUUAGUAGGUCAAAUAAUAGACAAACCUUGUGACCUCUCUAGAGGCCAUAUUUUUCAUGGGAUCUGUAUGAAAGUUGGUCUGAAUGUUCAUCUUGAUGAUAUCUAGGUCAGUUUAGAAUGUGGGUCACGUGCCGUCAAAAACUAGAUCAGUAGGUCAGAUAAUAGAAAAACCUUGUGACCUCUCUAAAGGCCAUAUUUUUCAUGGGAUCUGUAUGAAAGUUGGUCUGAAUGUUCAUCUUGAUGAUAUCUAGGUCAAGUUCGAAACAGGGUCAUGUGCAGUCAAAAACUAGGACAGUAGGUCUAAAAAUAGAAAAACCUUGUGACCUCUCUAGAGGCCAUACUUGUGAAUGGAUCUCCAUAAAAAUUGGUCAGAAUGUUCACCUUGAUGAUAUCUAGGUCAAGUUUGAAACUGGGUCACGUGCCUUAAAAAGCUAGGUCAGUAGAUCAAAUAAUAAAAAACCUUGUGACCUCUCUAGAGGCCAUACUUUUCAUGGGAUCUGUAUGAAAGUUGGUCUGAAUGGUCAUCUUGAUAAUAUUUAGGUCAAGUUUGAAACUUGGUCAACUGCGGUCAAAAACUAGGUCAGUAGGUCUAAAAUUAUUAAAGUCUUUUGACCUCUCUAGAGGCCAUAUUUUUCAAUGGAUCUUCAUGAAAAUUGAUCUGAAUGUUCACCUUGAUGAUAUCUAGGUCAGUUUCGAAACUGGGUCACGUGCGGUCAAAAACUAGGCCAGUAGAUAUAAAAAUAGAAAAACCUUGUGACCUCUCUAGAGGCCAUAUUUUUCAUGAGAUCUUCAUGAAAAUUAGUGAGAAUGUUCACCUUGAUGAUAUCUAGGUAAAAUUUAAAACAGGGUCACGUACCUUCGAUAACUAGGUCAAUAGAUCAAAUAAUAGACAAACCUUGUGACCUCUCUAGAGACAUAUUUUUCAAUGGAUCUUCUUGAAAAUUGGUCAGAAUUUUUAUCUUGAUAAUAUCUAGGUCAAGUUCAAAACUGGGUCACAUGAGCUCAAAAACUAGGUCACUAUGCCAAAUAAUAGAAAAAACGACGUCAUACUCAAAACUGGGUCAUGUGGGAAGAGGUGAGCGAUUCAGGACCAUCAUGGUCCUCUUGUUUAUGAUUCAUUCCUAUUACUGUUCUAAUAUAAAUACAAAGAAUUUGGUAUAUUUUUUAAAAACAUGUACUACUAGUAUUAAUAUUUUGAUACUUGUUAAAAUUUUAAAAUAUAUAUUAUCACUAUUAUGCCAUAUAUUCUUUCUUACUAGGACAGAUAGUUGAUACAGUAUUUUGUACAUGUAUAGGUAUGAUAAUAUUACAGUAUCUUGAAAUAACUAUUGUUUUAAGUAUUAAAUGUUGCUAUGUCAA